AUGACCUCUCCCUCCUACACCGCCCUCCUGGCCAAGGCCAACGCCCUUGGGCGUGACCUUGUUGACGUUGAGCGCGACCGCGCAUGCGCCUUCCGGGCAGUCUCUAUGGCCCUUACCGGCCACGAGGAGCAGCACAUGUCCCUCCGCACCGGGGCUAUCCAGGCUCAUAGGAAGAGUCCCGAUCGUUCUUGCCGGGAACAUGGGCCGACCACGCCGACAUUGGUGCUCUGGCCAAAGCACCUCAACAGAGAUAUCGCCAUUGUCCAGGCAACCGGAGAGACUGUUGUGCUGGGCUCUAACCACGGCGACACCCUCACAAUUGGUUUCUCUAACGACGAGCUGCACUACUAUGCGCUCCCUCUCAAGCAGAACCCCACCCACAAGAUCAACGAUGGCGCCGUUGAGGUGUACCAGGACCAGCCUCUCGAUCCGUCGCGUCAACUCGUCCUAUCCCUCGUUUCCCAAGCCUGCCACGCCGCGCCAAACCCAGUUGUCAGCCGCUUCCGGCCCAGCAAGGACGUACACUACUGGCUUUGCGGCCCGUCGGGAGAGUCACCUGUUGAUGAUCCGCAAGCUCAUACAGAUGUUGGAAGAGUGCCAAAGUGGCGGUUGUGGCGUAACGUGGCAGAUGACGACUACGAGCUUCAUUUCCGACAACUCUGGACUCAGCCUCGGAUCCGAGCCAGCGAGCCACAGGAGUCGCUCCUCCUCCGCCGAGCGUGUACGAACUUUCCCAGACACGAAGAAUCCGUUUGUCGGCACCUGCGGUUCACGUCCGACCCAGGAAAACAUCCUCGGCACACUUGGAGAUCCUUGACCCGAGAAGAGCGUCUCCGGCGCCAAAAGGCUAACUACGCAACACUGUCGGACGAGUGCAAGGAGCUGCGCACCCGUAUUGCAAGAAUCAAGGUGGUUAUCGAUCGUGACGGUCUGAGCGGUGACUUCCAAGGGGGAACCGAUGCUGAUGUUGAAGACGACCCCGCAUACCAGAGGGAGCACGCGUCCAUGAAGCAACGGCUUCGCGAGGCAACCUGA